AUGUCCUACAACAAGCCCAACAGUCCACCUCCCGCCUACCCGGCAGCAGCAUACAACCAACCUGCUUACCACCCAAACUCCCCUCCUCCCCAAGGCUACGGAGGCGGCGGACAAGGCCAGGGUUAUUACCCUCAACAAAACUACGGCCCUCAACAGCAGCAGGGAUAUUAUGGACAGCAACAGCCUAUGUACUACCCGCCGCAGCAGGGAUAUCCACCGCAGCAGGGUUACCCUCCUCAGCAAUAUAAUCGUCCGAGUGGCGGUGACAGCGGCGGUGCUGGUUGUUGCGCUGUGGUGAUCUCGCUGCUCGCGCAUCACUGUAUCGCAGAACGCGACAAGUUCUUUGAUAUUCGUGAUUCGCGCCAGAUACCUACUCAUUACGACCGCCCGAUUAAAGAACUUGUAUGA